UUCAACGGCAUUUUCAUCGUCACAGGCUGCAUCGUCCCUGGUGGGAGCCCUGUCUGGUCCCCUUCUGGCCAUGUUCGUCCUGGGCAUCUUUUUUCCAUGCUGCAAAAAGAAGGGCGCCAUUACGGGGAUCCUGGCGGCACUGGCCACGUCUUGGUGGCUUUCCUUAGGCUCCAUCGUGAAUCCGCGCGAGGCGGACGACUUGCCCACGUCCACCGCCGGAUGCGCUGACUUCAACCAGACCAUCACGGCAGGCUCGUACGACCCGCCACCUAUACCGAGUGGAAUAUUCCGGUUCUACCACAUCUCCUUCGUCUGGAUCGUCACCGUCGGCUUCACGACGCACAUGGCGGUUUCGCUGCUCGUAAGCCUCGUCUUCGAACGCAACGAGAAGGAAGAGGUGGAUCCCAAGUAUAUCUGCCCAUUCGUCCGGCGGUACAUGAGCAACUACGUCAGGAAGAGCACUGACAACGUACUCAAGGAGUCACAGCCAAUGAUGAACGGAGUUUCACCGACAGAACUCAAUUGGCUAAGUCCAGAUGAUCAAUAACAGGGAAUCCUGAGUGCGUUGGUUUCGUGCAUGCCCGGUUGCUUGCACGGUGUUGCUGUCGGCGUAGAGUCCAUCGAACAUCUCUGCAUAUGUACCCGCAUAUGACGAUCAACGCAACCUUCUACUGCACACCACGUUAGAUCACCUGGAUUCA